CAACACUACUAUAUAACAAAUAAUUUGAGGCAUGUCCAACAGUGUCAAGACAAAGUCAGACAAUGUACUUUAUCUCAGCGAUGUCGUCUCAUCUAAGGAAAACAAUCUUGGUGUGAUAAUAGAAAUGCCAGACUCUGACUCUGACGAGGAUACUGAUGACGAGGGGUUGCCUAAAGAAGCUGCCAUGGUGUCCUGGUACCCCAGUGGUGAAGAAGAGAUACUAUUCCAGAAAGAUCUAGCCCUGAAAUCACGGGUCUUAGACCCAGGUAUGGGAGUAGAGCGGUCAGGUGACUUCAGAAGUGGUGUUCUGCUCGACAUUACUGCUAACUGCUCCGUCAAGCUGGUCGGCACUAAUGUUAAAGUGUCCAAUGUUCCUGGAAAUAUACUCACUCCUUGGAAUCUGCACUACCACGAGCCGAAUGUAGUGUACGGAUCCUGGCUGGGCUACAUCCUCCAGCUCCAACAGACCCUGGUAGUUGGUCUGAAGAGUGGUGCACGUGUUCUCAUGAAGUUUGACACUGCGCGCCACAUGGAGGACAGCAAAUUUAGCGAGAUAUCACCCUACUACAGUGGUACAUGGUACGUGGGUCAGAAGCUGGAGGGCAAGGCAAGGUGGUUCAAGCGUGCCACUUUGUUGUCUGGGACUAUGCCCGUGUUCAAAACUCUGAAACAGAAAGUCAAGGGAGUCGUCCUGGAGGCAAUACUGACAGGGAUAGAAGUUGAGUGGAUAAUGCAUGGUUUCAUGAACACUAAGAAACAGCCUGACCCUCCUCCUUCACUCAUUACUGGAGAACACAUGCUCAGCAAGAUACGUGUAUUUGAGAGGUACCAACAGAGGUUCCUAACAAUAGGAUUACCGGCUCUUCUGAAGAUUCCUCCCAAGUACAACAUUCAGGCGCUACUUAAGGAGCUAGAAAGUACUGGAGGGAGGUUACCAGACCUGGUAGUAACGGGGAUUAAGGAGACUCCUAUACACCAGUGCAUGCAACAAGAACCACCCGUGAAACUAUCAGACAACAAUGUGUCAGAGGAGAAGAACUCGCCCUCUUCUCUGGAGAGUUCCUCAAACCUCAUGUACGAAACAAGAAUAGACGAGAAGACCAGCGCGGAGGUUGCCAAGGUGGAGAAGCAGCUGGAGUUAGAGACAGGUUGUGAGGAGACAGGACCUGAUAGUCUCUCAACUGAGACAGAGGAGACACAGGAUGAGAACAGCAAACAGUCUGGCAUAUUUGAUAAACUUGCUAGAGUGGGCGAUGUCUCAGGAGACACUGAUUCAGAGGAUGAGAGUGAGGCCGAGGAGGAAGAGGAGGAUCCUGACAUCAACAACUCUUCAAGUGAGCAGUCAGACAGUGGUCUGGAUGACAGUCUAGAAACAAACAAAGAUAAGGAGGAGAAUAAGGAGGAGACCAACCAGGAACGCAACACUCCUGAUAUCAACAACACUAAUCAGGUCACUGGAAAGCCUAGUAAGAGGUUGAUAAAGCGAGUACGGUCGAGAAAUACUAGAAACUCGAGGUGGUGCAGCAACAUAUCUCCCAAAGGGCCGAUAGAAGUUAAGGGGCAGUACUUGGUAGAGAUUGUCGACGCUACGUACACCGGAAAGGUAUUGUGGGAGGAUGGUAGCCAGGAAGAUGUACCGUGUACCGAACUAAACCAGAUCGACCACUUAGACGACCACGCCCACAUGCCUGGGUACUUUGUUAAUAAAGUGGGAAACAAGGACGAGCUAGCGGUGGUUUCCAAGUAUAGCUCUAAGGAUAGGACCUGUACUGUUCACUGGCUUGAUAGCGACAAGCGAGAGGAAGAAGUCAGUGUAUACUCCCUGGAAUACAACCAAAAGUAUGAUUUUAACCCCAUGGACAUCAUUGUGUGCUUAGUGGAGUGUUCUCACAGCUCCAUCGGUCAAAUCAUUUGCGUUACUGAAACUGGAAAGUUACUUGUUCACUGGACGGACGGAGCAAUAUCCGCUAUAACCCCCGAUAAGUGCGUCCACCUAGCCUCGUCUGACACUGACUACGAGGACAUAUCUGAAGAAGACUACGCGGAGGCAGAUGAUGAUGACAGCAGCUGGAUGACGGCUGAUAGUGACUUUUUCUCUGAUCAUGAGGAUAAAGAAACGGCAGAGAAAACUGCCGACGAUGGUAAGGAGCCCUCCGGAGACGAGUUUCAAGACGCAUCGUCUGCAGAUCCUGCUCUGACAAACCCACAAACGGGAAUACCAUGUUUGGGGGCCGAUUUUUUUGGUAAGGAAGUACUGUCCGCAGUGUCCGGCGAACUGAAUUCCGGACCAGAUCAACUGGCAGAGAAAGGCAGUUCUGAUGCUGUCGUUGUAGAGUAUGAUUCUUUAAUCGCAGAGUCUGAAGCUCCUAUCGUGGAGUGUGAUAAUGUCCUCACUGAGCCCCAAGAUCAGAAAUCACUGGAAGAAGAGAAGAAGAAAGUUUUGGAAACAUUAGAAAAAGGAGGAGAAUUUGUCAGACAAGCUUCUUCCGACUCUCAGGAUGGACAGCCAGCCACCACCCAAGCAAGGAAGCGGUUCAGAAACAGCAAGACAAGUUACUCCAACCCUGAACCAGUUGAGAUGUGCGAACCUUUGGAGUUGUCGGCCGUGAUGCAGGAGCACGCCAGUAUCAUCAGCCAAAGUUUCAAGACAAUUCCGAACUGUCCGGACUCCCACAACUACUAUUUCCACUCACAGCCGGGGAACUACCAGCGAGCAUUUCUCUCAGCUGUUAGAAAGGAUAUCAAGCUUAUCAGCAGUAGUUUACCUGAUGGCAUCUGGGUCAGAGCUUACGAGGAUCGAAUGGAUCUAAUGUCGUGUCUGAUAGAGGGUCCAGUGGACACGCCCUACGAGGGAGUCCUGUUCGUGUUUGAUAUCCAGCUCCCCAGUACCUACAGUGCCUCCCCUCCUCUCCUCCACUUUGUGGCUUACAGUCAGACUAAACUUAACCCUAACCUCUACCCUCUUGGCAAGGUGUGUCUAAGCUUACUCGGUACAUGGACCGGUAAAGGAACAGAACAGUGGACUAAAACAUCCAACUUACUUCAACUUUUCAUUUCUAUCCAGAGUCUUGUUCUUAACUCUACUCCUUAUUAUAAUGAGGCAGGUUUCACAAAGUACAAGGACACUCAGAGUGGAGAGAAUAACGCCAAACUUUAUAACGAAAUGGUCAUCUUCAAAAUAUUGGAUCACCUGGUGAAGAUGUACAACUACCCUCACCCAGCAUUUGAGCAAGAGAUCAGAUCUUACUACACUGUUAACAUUCCCAGGACUCUUCAGCGAUACCAGAAGUUCAUUGAAUGUUCUCAGAACAACACCCCCGAGCUGUGUAAUAUCACCUACCCUCUCCUCCCCCUCUCUAAAGGUGUUAUCCCGUGCGUCACCUCCCUUCUCAACCCUCUCAAGAUAAUAUCCGCUGCUGAUCAGAUCUUUAAACCCCAGACUAUUUUUGAUGUGGUCGCCAGUUCAGAAAUCAGGGGUGAAGUUGAGGACUCAGUUGAUCUUACUGAGAACAAUAAUAAAGCCACUGAUCAGUCUGAAGACAGUGCUAACUACGGUGCUCCGAGUUUGGGAGACGUUCCUGUCCGAGUUUCCACUAAGUAUGACCCUGGCCCACCUCCGAUGGAGAUGAUAGGGGGAGAAAGUAGUAUACUGCUAUAUAGGGGGAAUGGUGAGAACUAUGAUUUAGUUACAAGUCAACCUGAGACUUCAGAUUCUAAGUCUGAAGAGUUUUUUGUCUAGUUUUAAUGUGAUUUAAAAAGAGAGAGGUGGCCAAAAGAGUCAGAAACUUGGAAGAGCAUAAUUUUUAACAAUAUUUGCUGGAAAGUCUUAAGUUCGACAAUAUGUUUUUGGGCGCAAGUGGACGAACAAAUGAUGUUCCACUAUUUUCAGGAAGCUAAAUCUGUCCCAAUUUGUUCAGAACUCAUUUUUGGUGACAAAGAUUGUGCUGUAUUUGUAUUAUAGCGGAACCAAUAUGUCACAAGCUUGGUGUAGUGUGUUUCAGCUAGGCUUUUUUAUUACAAUUUUCGACAUUUUUGUUUAUGGGUUAUGUAAGUAUAUUACGAUUAUUAGUUUUGUUGAGUCUGUAAAGUUUGAACGAAUUUAAGUUUUAAUUGAAUAAUUGUGCAAUUUGCAUUAAUGAUUUGAUUUUGAGUGCGAGAGUCUUGACCACUUAUUUAGUAACUAAGAAAAGAUUUUUGUUUAGUUCAAUUUUGAAUUGCCCCAAACUUAAUUACUGCUAUUAGGAAAUGUAUUAAAAACCUUCUGUACAUUUGAUUUAUCUUAUUUUUUCCUUCUCAUGGAUGUUUAAAAUGACAUUGAAAAUAAUCUCAUUUUUAACAAUCUUCACUGUGGCGGAGAGUUAAUAAUUAACAAAUUCAUCAGAAAACGCUCUGUAUUGAAAUUGAUUAUUGGAAUUUUAAAUUUCAUGAUUUAAUGAUAUUGUUUUGUAAAAAUAAACUGUUUUUAUGUUUUAUUUGUUUAAAUG